AUGGUUCCGAAAAAGUAUGCAAGAUUGGUUAAAGAAAUGUAUAGGAAUGUCAAAACAGGAGUGAGGAGUGGACCAGGUUUUGUAGUGGGGCUGCAUCAGGGCUCUGUGCUAAGCCCCAUCCUUUUCAACAAUGUAUUUGUUGUGUUACCAGAGGGUGUAAGAGAGGGGCCACCGUGGGGCAUGAUGGAUGCCGACGACGUGGUUUUGGGAGAUGAGUCUAAAGAAGAGUUACAAAAAGUAGCAAAAUGGAAAGCGGCACUGGAGAGCAAAAGGAUGAAAAUAAGCAGAACUAAGACUAUAUAUGAUGUGUGUAGAUCAUGA